GUGCAAAGGUGUAUAGUUAGAUGUCAGUAUGCGAAUAGAGGGGAGAUCCCAAAUCCAAAAAUCUUUUGACUCUGGUUAAGGUUUUAAGGCACGCAAUUUGCGGAGCCAACUUUCACGGUCUUUCCUCCACGUUUACCCUAUCUUACCUUUCUCUCUUUCUUUCUUGUCUGAAAUGAUUCAAUUAUUUUAGUGGGGGCUUAGAAAAGGGAACUGAAUUGAAUAUUCCUAUGCAAUUGUAAACUGGGUUUGGUCUGGCUGUUACCGUUAUUUAGUCAGCUGCAACUGGAUGACCUGAGUACAAAAAAAAAAAAUUCAAUCUUGGUAAGCUUUGGUGAGUUUGUUUUUGUUGAUUGAUUUGAGCUGUUGAGCUUGGAUUCUGAUCUGGGUAUUGCUCUUUUUGAUUGGAUUUUUUGAUCUAUUUUGAUUUUUUGGUUGCAUACUUGAAUUGGGUUUUGGUUCAUUGGCCUGGAAAAGAAGGGGGUAACAUGGGGGGAAAUGAUUUUCCAUAUUCAAAAGUUUGAUUUGCUGGUAAAUUUGCCAUUUUUGGGCUGUUUCAGUUAAUUGAGCCUCAUGAGUAUCCCCUAAACACCAUUUAUGGUGUUUUCUUUUUUCUUUUAAAUAAUUAUGUUUUAUUUUGGUUUUCUUUUCUUUCCUUUGUUGGUUGCUUGCUGCAAGUUGUCUUUUAAAAUAUGCUCUUUGACAAGUAGUUGGAUCCCUUAAUGGUUUAUACUCUUCUUGAUUUAUGUAUUGAGGUGUUCCAUUCCUAAGAUAGGUAGAUCACUAGUGGAAAGAGGAAAGGAGGAAAACAGGAAUCCUGCCAUUGGGUUUGAGCUUGAGAAACAGCAUGCAUCAAACUGCAAUUUCAUUCUGAUGCUAAACCAAUAUGUUGCCUUGGUUAAUUGGAAGUUGAGAUCUUUAGUCUGUCGGUGACAGAACUGUUGUUUCCAAUGCGUUGUAUUGGCCUUCCAAUGGUGGUUGUAAUAGCACAGAUUUAAAACUGGAUCGUUUGAAGGAAACCUCUUUUCACUUUUGAGCUUGAUUACUGUUUUGAGCUUUAUCCAUCUUGUUCACUUUAAUGUUUACUGGUAGCAUUCCAGUAUGUGAAGAGUUUUGGCUGCUUCUAAGACAAGAAGCUGGAACCUCUUCCUCAUCUUCCUAUGUAAUAACCUAGUUAAAUAGUAGUCUUGGGAGACUUGAAUGCCAAUCAAGAUUUUCCUCGAGCAUUGCAGGCGUCAUCUUGAACUUAUAACAUAUUACAUACUUGUACCGCUGGAAAUUUGGCACUUCUUAAGCUACUAUAAUGACAAGGCAAGUGAGAGAAUUGCAGAAAAGGUUAUGAAACUUUUUCAGAUGAGGAGUUAAGAGUGAAGGCCCAACUCAUCUUCUGUCCUCCCCUCCAUGGUUAUCAAUAAACUAGAUCUAACAAAGAGUGUGUGCUGGCAUUAACAUUCAAAGCUACAAUUAUGGCGCCUGGUGGUGGUAUCUGCAAAGAUGUGAUCGAGUCUCGCGUUGCAUUUGCAGAUUAUGAUAUGGCAACUUCAAGUAUGGAGUUAAGAGGUUCCCCUUUAAGAAAAGCUGCAACUGGUUUAGGGGGAAAUCUGGGAGCAACAUCAACAAACGAUGUGCAUGAACUACUUGAGUGUCCUGUUUGCGUAAAUUUGAUGUAUCCUCCAAUUUACCAGUGUCCGAAUGGCCACACUGUAUGUUCAAUUUGCAAGGCCAGAGUUCACAACUCUUGCCCAACUUGCCGCAAUGAGCUUGGAAAUAUAAGGUGUUUGGCUCUGGAGAAAGUAGCUGAGUCAUUGGAACUUCCUUGCAGAUACCAGACUCUGGGUUGUCAUGAUAUUUUUCCAUACUACAGCAAGCUCAAGCAUGAAAAAAACUGUAGAUAUCGCCCAUAUAAUUGCCCUUAUGCUGGAGCCGAAUGCUCUGUCACUGGUAAUAUAUCAUUUCUUGUCAUGCAUCUCAAGAACGAUCACAAGGUUGACAUGCAUGAUGGGUGUACAUUCAACCACAGAUAUGUCAAAUCCAAUCCCCAUGAAGUGGAAAAUGCCACAUGGAUGUUAACUGUUUUCAACUGUUUUGGUCGACAAUUUUGCUUGCACUUUGAGGCUUUUCACAUAGGAAUGGCACCAGUUUACAUGGCCUUCCUGCGAUUCAUGGGCGAUGAAGACGAGGCGAGGCAAUUCAGUUACAGUCUAGAAGUUGGCGGCAAUGGCAGGAAGUUUAUAUGGCAAGGAGUUCCUAGAAGCAUCCGUGAUAGUCAUAGGAAAGUUCGAGAUAGUCAAGACGGACUAAUCAUUCAGAGAAACCUGGCACUCUUCUUCUCUGGCGGUGAUAGACAGGAACUGAAGCUGAAAGUGGCCGGCCGAAUUUGGAAAGAACAAUGAGAUUAAGUCCGGAUUGAAAUCUAUGAUAUUGUAGUUUAAAUUUGCAGGGGAAAUGAUAUUUAAUAUAUAUAAAAUAAAAGGUUGCAAGAGAAUUUAUGCAUUUUUCUGUAAAUUUUGUAGAUAAAGAUGCCACAUUGUGAGGAAAACUGUGAUUUGCAAUGGAGUUUACUAUUAAUUUUUAUUGAAA